AAGAAAAUGCCAAGGCUCGUACCAAGAUUUCUCUUGGCCUUGGCUUGCUCUUUCGACCUCUGCUACCCUUGGGUUCUUUCCCUUAAAUACCCAUACUUCUCUUCUUCUUUUCCCUUAUCCUUCCUCAUCCAUCCCUCGUUGCCGCCUCUUUCUCUCUCUCUCUCCCUCAACGCAACUUCAACACAUCAGAUCCAGCAAACAAACAUGUUCGCCUCACUCGUCGGCCUCAUCCACCAGCCCAGCAUCGCUAUCAGAAUCCCCAAUGACGACUCGACCUUCAACCCAAAGGAAUACCCCAGCCUGGUCUUUGUCGCCACUGGAAAAGUCCAGGGCAAGGUCCGUCUCAUCCAUGGCACCGAGGACGACUCUGGUCUCGGCAUGAUCUCAACCCGCAUUUGGGUCACAAAGGAGAGCGACAAGGACGAGGUUGCUGUUCGGACAUCCUUCGACAACAAGACACACACCUUCACAUUGCAGGGUCCAACACGCUUCAGUAGUUUCAACAUCUACCAUGAGACAACUAUUCAGAUCCCAGAGUCAUCCAGAUACAUGGACAGCCUCCGCGUGGAGGCACCAAACUCAUCGUUCUCGACCGAUAAGCUGGACAACCUAACAUGGAGCAGUGUACAGUCAGAUCUCUCCAACUCAACUAUCGCCAUCCAGUCUCUGCAUGCUGAUACAAUCAACCUCCGCACAAGCAACUCGAGUAUCUCUGGAACAUUUGUUGCUGGUCACAUUAAUUUGAACACCUCCAAUGGAUCCAUCUCUGCAAAGCUGCUUGUUCAGGAUGCACAGGAUGGUCGACAAUCCGCGGUAGUGACCAAGACAUCGAAUGCGUCGAUCAACCUGCAUGUGGAUGCUACACCGACAAGGCAGGGACUCUUGAUGGAGAACUCGACCAAGAACGGCAAGGUAGUGGUUGGGACACUCCUGGGAAGGGCAUCACGGAACUCUACCAUCAGCACAACAACAGUAAAUGGAAAGAUUGAGUUCAACCUGGAUGCCUCACAGAGUGGACAGGCAUUGGAAGUGAUCAACAAGACGAUGAACGGAAGCAUCGUAUCUUCGAUCAUGGUACCAGUACAUCAAGAAUUUAAGGGACACGCACGAUCGUCGAACGGUUCUGUUACCGUCAACUUGUCGGAGGCGUUCCAGGGUCACUUCGAUCUGGAGACAAGCAAUAGCCCCGUAGCAGUCGAAGGAUCGAAUCUGCAGUUUGAGCACGACAAGAAGAGUAGUAAGCGGGGCACGCAUGGUCAGGGACCUAGUACGAUGAAGAUUGUCACGUCCAACUCUUCAGCCAACCUGCGGAUCUAUCCUGUAGGCGAGAGUCCUGCUACAGACAGAAUGUAAAUUGUUGGUCUAUAUGUUCCACAAUAAAACAAGGUUGACAGUCAAUCCCCUC